UCCGUGACAUAACCUAAUAAAUUGAUAAAUCCAAACAAAAACGUGAAAAUUAUUAAGUCGUAUUACGUUAAAAAUUAUCAAGUCUCAAGCAUUGUAUUUAACAUAAAUAAUGCCCAAAGUAGAAUUAGGUUUUUUAGAAGAGUGCGAGUCCUGGCACCUAGAAAGCCGAUUUUUUCCAAGUAAAGUCGGAGGAAAACCAGCUUGGUUAAGCCUUAAACCUUUGCCAUCUGCUGCUGAUGUAACUUGCAAGAAAUGCCUUAGAGUACCUACGUUCCUCUGCCAAAUUUAUGCCCCUUUUUACGACUCUGAUACCACUGAUAAACAACAGCUGGACAAUAAUUUCCAUAGGUCGGUUUUCCUUUUUGUUUGUCGUAAUCCUAAAUGUAACCAGGCAAACAGAAGCGAUAAUAUUAUAGUUUUACGCAAUUGUCUUGCAAAACAGAAUUCUUUUUAUCCAGCUACCCCACCUGAAGUAAAAAAAGACACAGAUUUUGACAUAAAAAUGUGGGCAGAGCUUUGUAACUUAUGUGGGAUUUAUGCAGAUAAAAGAUGCAGUAAGUGUAAAAAUGUUGUUUAUUGUUGCAAAGAACAUCAGAUAUUGGAUUGGAAAAAUGCACAUAAAUUACAAUGUUCAGAUGGGUUGAAUGACAUUAAAGAUAAUUCAGGGUGGCUCUUUCCCGAGUGGGAAUUAAUAAUUGAAAGCGAAGAUAUUGAAGAAGAAAGUAUAAAUGAACAAGAAGCCAUGGAAGAAUAUGAAAAGUUAAAAGCUGAAGGAAAAACAGGCACACUAACUGACAUUGAAGAAUCUGACCUUGAUGCCCAUGCAGCAACAGACUCUGAUAAGGUAUUCAGUAAAUUCAAAAAGAAAGUUUCUGAGUACCCAGAUCAAGUUAUCAGGUAUUCUCGUGGGGGUCAGCCCCUGUUCAUAGCCAAAGAACCACUCCCGGACUCCAUACCUGACUGUGAGUAUUGUGGUGGGCCUAGACAAUUUGAAUUCCAAGUUAUGCCACAAAUUUUAUCUUGUUUGAAGGAAUAUGAGCUGGAUUGGGGUGUUAUCUUAGUUUAUACUUGUAAAAAUAGUUGUGUGGGAGAUUCUAUUAAUAGUUAUAAGAGGGAGUAUGUAUUUAAACAGGAUGUUUCAAAUACAGAUGUUCCUAGCUAAUAUUUGGUUCACAACAAAAAGUAAUAAAACUAGUAAGACAUCUUCAAAGUAUUUAUUCUCAUUGAAUAUAAAUUGUUAAAAAAAAUCUAUUCUAAUAGUUAUGACAAAUUAACCACCUUUUUUUGUAUCGUCAGUUACUAUAAGAAUUUAAAUGUAUGUAAUCAAAAAAUAAACAUGACUUUUGUCAAAGAACUUUUA